CCCAGUGUCACACUAUCACCAUAUCCUGCUGUCCCCAACACCUGGUGUCACGCUGUCCUGGUGUCCCCAACACCCACUGUCAUGCUGUCCUGGUGUCCCCAACACCCAAUGUCACAUUGUCCUGGUGUCCCCAACGCCCAAUGUCAUGCUGUCCUGGUGUCCCCAACACCUGGUGUCACAUAAUCCUGGUGUCCCCAACACCCAGUGUCACACUAUCACCAUAUCCUGCUGUCCCCAACACCCAAUGUCACAUUGUCCUGGUGUCCCCAACACCCAGUGUCACACUAUCACCAUAUCCUGCUGUCCCCAACACCCAAUGCCUCCAACUCCUGGUGCCCCCCUGUUCCCAACACCCCAUUUCUCCAGCACACUCUCGUUCCCCACACCCCGUGUCACACCACCCCUGGUGUCCCCAACCCCCCGACGUCCCCAGCAUGACCAUUUCUCCCCUCGUGGUGUCACGCUGUCCCCAUCCUGCCGUCCCCAGCACGUGGUGCAGUGCGUCUUCGUGGCCAUCCGCACCAUCGGCAACAUCAUGAUUGUCACCACGCUGCUGCAGUUCAUGUUUGCCUGCAUCGGGGUGCAGCUCUUCAAGGGCAAGUUCUACAGUUGCACCGAUGAGGCCAAGCACACACCUGGGGAGUGCAAGUGGGUGCUUCUGGCCCUGAGUGUGAGUGGAGGGUGUGAGUGGAGGCUGAGUGUGGGUGGAGGGG